UUUUCUUUUUCUUUUUUUACGAGAUAAUAAUAAUAAUAAAAUGUGGUUAAGUGAUAGUCAAAAGAUUGGUGUUGGAUUAACUGCAUUUGGCGUAUUUUUUAUGAUGAUGGGAGUCAUGUUGUUAUUUGAUGCAGGACUGAUGGCUAUUGGCAAUGUCUUGUUCUUGAGCGGUAUCACGGCUAUUAUCGGAUUAAAGAACACGUUUACAUUUUUCGGUCGAAAAGAGAAAUUAAAAGGAACGAUUUGUUUUCUGGGAGGCAUAUUUCUUGUAUUGAGCAAGUAUCCAUUCUUUGGCUUUAUUGUAGAGAUAUUUGGAUUUCUUAAUCUAUUCGGUGAUUUCUUCCCUGUUGUCUUUGGAUUCUUGAAACGUUUGCCAAUUAUUGGAAGUGUUUUGUCUCAUCCAAUGAUUUCAAGAAUUGUUCCUAGAGAGAGUCGAACUCGCGUGUAAAUAGAAAAUAAAGUAGCUUCCAGCCUAUUAGUUAAAAGAAAACGUGGUCCAUUUCAAUAAAUAUUGUACAAUAUAAAAAAGGUCCGAAUUUUGCAUUGAAUGACAAAGAAAAAAAAAUAACAAAACAAGGGACCUCAAACACUUUC